UCACUCGGCACAUCAACGGGGAAAUUUGCAUCGGGCCUUCGAGGAUGAUGUGGACGUCUGGAUGGUCAUUGGCAGACCAAACGUGAUAAACUUACUAAUUUCUGCCUACCGAGAAUUGGCCAUUCAUACAAUAUUCAAGAUCCUUACACGCAAGUCACUAUAUAACACCCUUCUACGGAUCGGAUCACCAGUCUUCUCAGGAUUCUCGAUACAUGCAAGACAAAGCCCGAUACGCCUUCCAUCCAGUAAUCUAGAAGAAAGCGAGAAACGUUUCAUUCAUUAUGAUCCGACCAACUUGUUUAAUCGUAUCGCUUGCUGUCAUCUUCGCCAUUGUUUCGGGUUUGCCGCAGCAACCCAAAUCUAGGAGACCCGCUCCGGAGUUUAAGAACAAGACUGGCGGCUUGGAACUUCCGGACAAUGCGACGCUGAUUCGGGACAAUAUCGUGGACAACUUCUCCUGUCAAGACAGAAUUUAUGGAUAUUACGCCGAUAUGGAUAACGAUUGCCAAGUUUUCCACGUUUGCAUGCCGCAGGCUAGGGGAUCGAUCAGAUGGAGCUUCAUCUGUCCCGCGGAGACCGUGUUUAAUCAGGCAACGUUCGUUUGCACGAAAACGGAAAACUCGAUACCCUGCGAAGAGUCCGAGAAGUUUUACAAUUUGAACGAGGCGAUUGGCAAGGAAGUGGAGGAAGAGGAGAGCGACAUGGAGCACGCCACGAAAGAAUCGGACGUGGAAGCGAUAUCGAAAAGACCGGAGACCAGGACGUCGAGAAUCUUGAACAGAAAGAAGCCGUCGCGAAAACAGUGAUUUUUUGAGACAACGUUCGCGAAGAAUGGGCUGUGUCGUGUGUGUCGUAGAAGAAACGAAAUUCGUGGACUGUCGAAAACGCAAGAUCAACCAACUAUGUUUGCUUGUCUGAAAUACGAAUGAAAUACAAUCUUAUUUAGUAUUUAAGUAUAUGCGUAUUGUGUAUUUAAAUUAUGAUAAAAAUAUGAUAUUAAAUAUUACCUAGAGAUAGCGUGUAACUUUAGUAUACAGGAACGUGUUGGAGUAAUAUCGUAAAUUCGUGAAAGCCUAAAAUUAGAAAAAUAUUAAAAUAAAGGAGUUGAAGCGUCUGCGACAAA